CAUAGGCGUUCGAUGCGGUUCAAUCCCAUCCAUUGUAUCGCGCCACCACACCCUACCUACCCACACAACAAACAAUCCAACAUCCCCACAUUCCAAUCGCGAUAAGCUUGUGAUCGUCGAUCAAUAAAUUGCAUGCCCAGACACCCCCGCACCCGCGACGGUCGCGACGGCGAGCGAGACCGCGCUUACGACUCCGACUACGACUACGAUUACCACAACCACGCGCGCAGACAUCGGUACCGGAGGGAUGAAGAUUACGACGACGAUGAGUUGGAGGAUAGUCCGCGACGGGAGGGGCGGUAUCGUCGGGAUGAGAGGGGCUCGCGUUCGAGGGCGAGGGGAUAUGAGUCGCGCGGGUAUGAAUCGCGCGACGAUGCAGAGGAGUACGAUUUAGCGGAUGUGGAUCCUGCGGUUCCGUUGAGGGGCGUUGAGGAUGAUGGUGGUAGACGGAGGGAGAGGUCGAGGGGGAAGGCGAGGAGAGGGCCGGCUGCGCCUGAUAUGUCGUCGAGAGAAAGAGAGAGGGAGCGGGAGAGACGUGCGCGCCGCAGAACGGACGAUGAGGAGAGUCCUGUGCGGAGGAAGGAUCGUGGGAGUCGGACGAGAGAUGGGGCGCGAGAGGGCCGUCGGGAGCGGGAGCGAGAUGCGGAGGCGGCGGCGCGGCGGGCGAGACGGAGGGAUAAGGAUCGCGAUCGCCACCGCGGGGCCGCAGCGGUAAAGCAUCAGAGUGGGGACUCGAGUAAUAGUGCGUCGCAUUUGCUGAGUGCUGAUGCGCUUGCGAGGCUGGGGGCUCGGUACGAUGAUGAGGAUCGAGUGCGCACGGCUGAUGAAGCCCGGGCUGAACGGAAACGACGCCGGAAGCGCCCUGUUGUCGGUGAUGAGCAGCCGCGCACGCUGGCGCCGUUUCCUGGGGAGACGCCGAGAGGGCAGUCGAAAGGUCGGAUUGUGUCUGGGGCUUACUUGGAGGAGGGGAGGAGUCCCGAGAUGGAAGUUCGACAUCGGGGGGGUGGUGGUCCGGCGAUGGAGGAUAGGUGGCGGAAGGAGGGCGAUUGGGAUGGAAGUGGGGAUGGCGAUGAGGGACAGCCUCCUUUUUGGAAGAGGAAGAAGUGGCUGAUCGCUAUUGGGGUGCUGAUUCUGCUGCUGGCUAUCAUCGUUCCGGUUGCUGUUGUUGUGUCGAAGAAGAAGGGUGAUGAUUCCGGUUCGGGGCAAUCUGGCGAGGAAAAACCAGAAAACUCGAAUCUGGACAAGAUAAGUCGAGACAGCAUUCCGGAAUCUGCCAAGGGAACUGAGCUGGAUCCUUUCACGUGGUACGACUCGACUGGUUUCAACGUCACGUAUACGAGCGAGACCGUCGGGGGUCUUUCCGUCAUGGGAAUCGAUUCAAAGUGGGACGAUUCAGCCCGUCCAAACGACAACGUGCCGCCGUUAAAUAAACCAUUCCCGUACGGAGACCAGCCCAUCCGUGGCGUUAAUCUCGGCGGAUGGUUGUCGAUCGAGCCGUUUAUAGUCCCUUCUCUCUUCGAGCAUUAUCCGGCUAAAGACGAAGUGAUCGACGAGUACACGCUUUGCAAGAAGCUGGGAGAGUCGGCUGCGUCACGGAUUGAAAGACACUAUUCGACUUUUAUCAAGGAGCAAGACUUCGCCGAGAUUAGGGACGCAGGACUCGACCACGUCCGAAUCCAGUUCUCAUACUGGGCAGUCACAACAUAUGACGGCGAUCCGUACGUCGCGAAGAUCUCUUGGCGAUAUCUCUUACGUGCCAUUGAAUGGGCUCGAAAGUACGGACUGCGCGUCAAGCUAGACCCGCAUGCACUUCCCGGAAGCCAAAACGGGUGGAACCACAGUGGGCGAGAAGGGUCGAUCAACUGGUUGCAGGGACCGGACGGUGCUGAGAACCGGAAGCGUUCGCUGGAGAUCCACGACAAAGUAUCAAAGUUCUUUGCGCAACCGCGGUACAAAAAUAUUGUGACCAUAUAUGGCCUCGUCAACGAGCCGUUCAUGCUGACAUUGCCAGUCGGAGAAGUUUUAGACUGGAGCAAGGAGGCCGCUGAACUGGUGCAGAAAAAUGGAAUCAAGGCCUGGAUUGUCGUCCACGACGGCUUCCUGAACCUCAGCAAGUGGAAGAAGAUGCUGAAGGACCGUCCGGACCACAUGCUCCUUGAUACCCAUCAGUACAGCAUUUUCAACACGGGGCAGAUAGUCCUCAAACACAAGGAACGGGUCAAGCUAAUCUGCAAGGACUGGUUCAACAUGAUCAAAGAGAUCAACAGCACGAGCGAAGGCUGGGGCCCAACAAUGUGCGGCGAAUGGUCCCAAGCAGACACCGACUGCGCACAGUAUCUCAACAAUGUCGGCCGCGGCACCCGCUGGGAAGGCACAUUCUCCAAGACCGAUUCAACGCAGUACUGCCCAACAGCCGACUCGGGCCCACGCUGCAGCUGUGAACAAGCCAACGCCGACCCGUCCGACUACUCAGACGACUACAAGAAACUGCUUCAGACCUACGCCGAGGCCCAGAUGUCUGCCUUUGAGACGGGGCAGGGCUGGUUUUACUGGACCUGGCAUACUGAGUCGGCUGCUCAGUGGAGCUACAAGACCGCUUGGAAGAACGGGUUCAUGCCUAAGAAGGCUUAUGAGCCGUCUUUUAAGUGUGGUGAUGAUAUACCAGAUUUUGGGGACUUGCCGGAUUUUUAUUGAGUUGUUCGAGGUGUAUAUUAUUCUUUCUGUUUUGGAUAUGAUACUGUUGUCAUGGUUUAUUCUUCGCAUGUUUUCGACACUGCAUUGUUCUUAUUGUUGCAUUUUUGAUAUCCUUUUUUGUUAUCUGUUCAUUUGUAUCUAUACUCUAUGCAG